UAUAGUUGAGUUUGCUGCUAUUCUGUCAAAUUGCUAUCACACUCAUUUAUAGUGGUGCAAUUCAAUUCUCACUUGUGUUAUACAUAUCGUUGUGAUUUUCUUGUAUUGUGUACUAUGUCGAUUGAUUCCGCGCGCUCUUGCCAUGUGCAUGACAAAGAAGAUGUGUAUCGAGAUGUUGCCGAAAUUCCAUUGUGGAGCAUUGUUUACAAGGCCAAACUGUGAUUUAUCAUCAACAUUGCGCUCACUCAAUAAUUACGUUGAAUUGAGAAACGAGAGAAAGGAAGUAUUGCUUAAGGUUUAAAUAGCUUUAAAUUUGAGCAUUUUUCGGCAAGAAACAACGUCGCAUAGCAGAAGACGAAUUUAACAGCACAAUAUACAAAUAAAUUAUAUCUAAUUCAAAGACAACAACAAAUUUGAAUUGUAAUACGAAAUAAAUUAAAGCAAAAAUCGAAAAAUUCAUGAUAAUUGAAAUGAUCAUGAAAGAUGCGUUUUACGAUUGUACCGCAUAGUGACAGCGAAAACGAUGAUGCCAAUGAUGAUGAUAGUGCAAGUCAGUUGCUGUUGCAACCAUCGCUUCCGACGUCUUCAACCAAAACGCCAAACUCAUUAAAUUGCUCAACAAUAAAGCUGCCAAAAUCGGCCAAUCAAACAAAAUCCGAUUACCAAAAUCGGGUUCUAACCAAAAUUAGCCAUCUCGCUAACAUAAAACUCCAUCGAAUCGAAUACCGUCGAUCGCAUCGUGACAAAUGGAGUCGCAUAAAUAUCGGAAUUUUUACUAUUUCGUUCCUUAGUGUCGUGUACUUUUGUGUAUCGAUGAAUUUGAACGUCGAGAAACCGUCACCGCAACAAAUUAUUGUCGAUGUGCCACCGGUGGACGUAAACUUAAAUGGACCAAAAGUUACCGCUGAUGAUUUACACCAAAAUGUGAUACCGUUUAUUUCAACAAAAACGCGUUUACAUUCGACACGAAACAUAUCAACGUUAUAUUCACCAAUACGAUUUAACUCAUCUUCGAACACAUUGUCGUCAUCAUCAUCAUUAUCGACUGCCGCUUCCCCACCGCUCAAUUACACAGUUAAGGACGGAUAUUUAGUAUGGUCGCCCAAUUGUCAAAUACCAGCAAUAGAUCCACUGGCUGCCGAUGUUAUGAAACUGUUUCGACGAGAAAAAUAUGAAGCAUGUUCAACAACGCAAGCUGUAACUCGCAUCGAAAUGAAUUGGACUACAUCAGAGGCUAUGCUCAUUUAUGACUAUAAACCAAAGUGGUAUUCAUCAUUUUUGGAAUCGACAUGCUGCUACAGUGAAAUUAUUCGCACCGGAAGUGGCAAAAAAGCUGAUGAGCAAUUCAAACUGUCAUCUUGCACAAAAUUCAACAAAUCAUUUUUGCUACCGUCUGCGCUUGAGUUUAUAUUCGUGAAAUGUGAAUCGAUGGGCCGGACGGUUUAUAAAAAUGCACAUGCCAUCAUACGAGAACGAUCGAAUAUUCGAAAAAGGCUAAACAAUUUCAAAGAAAAAUCGAAAAACAAUCGGCCGUUAAGUGUGCUCAUGCUGUCAAUUGAUAGUGUGUCACGAUUGAAUUUGAUACGAGCAAUGCCAAAAACUGCACAGCAUUUAUACGACACUGGAUGGUUUGAACUGCAGGGAUACAAUAAAAUCGAUGACAAUACAUUUCCAAAUCUUAUGGCCAUUCUAACGGGUUACAAUCAAACAUUAGCAUAUGGCGAAUGUAGUCCACGUCAAGUUGGAAAACUUGAGGAAUGCCCAUUGAUUUGGAAUGAAUUCAAAGACAGUGGCUAUGUAACAUCUUACGGCGAAGAUGAAGUAUCGAUUAGUUCGUUUAAUUUCAAUAAAAAAGGAUUUGUAAAACCGCCAACCGAUUACUAUUUACGUCCCUAUAUGCUUGCAGCUGAAAAGUAUUUGCCCAUCAAAAAAAAACAUUCGUUAACAUUUUGCUUGGGCAAUAAACAUUCGGCCGAUCAUAUUUAUGAUUUUGCCAUGGAUUUUGGAACGCAUUACAAAAACGAUGCUUCAUUCGGUUUAUAUUGGACAAAUACAUUCAGUCAUAAUGAUAUAUCGGAUCCAUCAUCGAUGGAUAAUAAGAUGCGCAGUUAUUUGGAUACAUUGGAAAUGCGUGGCAUAUUGAAUGAAAGUAUGGUCGUAUUUUUUAGUGAUCAUGGUUUGCGAUUCGGUCCGGUUCGUCAUUUAUUCACCGGAUGGUACGAAGAGCGAUUGCCAUUCAUGUUCAUUUGGUUACCAGAAUGGUUUCGAAGUGAACAUCCAGAUAUAGUGCAUGCGCUUAAAAUCAACCGUAAUCGCUUGACGAAUCCAUAUGAUUUGCAUAUGACAUUAAAACAUGUACUGCAAUUAUCGAAUCCAGAUCAUGUAUAUGCACCAGCAACGAGCUGUUUAAAUUGCCAAAGUCUAUUUGUUGAAGUACCGUGGAAUCGAUCAUGUGAUGAUGUUUCAAUUGCUGCACAUUGGUGUACAUGUACGCCAUAUCAUUGGCACAAUAAAAAUGAUAAAAUUGUAAAAGAUGCUGUGAAGUUCGUGAUCAAUAAUAUAAAUCAAAGUCUGAAAAAUUACACUCAUGAUGAUCGUAAGCAGGCAUUGUGCGCCGAAUUGAAACUUAAAAAAGUUUCCGAUGUACAUAAAGCCGAGUUUCAUGAUGGUAACGAUCAUUACGAUGAUUAUCUGCUCAAAUUUGAAGUUGCACCGUCGGACGGUUGGUUUGAAUCGACCGUUCGUCAUCGUCCCGAUAUCAAUGAAUUUGAAGUGACCGGAACGGUGAGCCGACUGGACAGCUACGGAAGCCAAGGCAAUUGCAUUAAAGUCGACUAUUUGCGAAAAUAUUGCUUUUGCACAGGCAUCAGUAACCCAAAAAACAAAAAAGGUUAACUACUAUACAUAAUAUAGAAUAAAUUAAUAAAAUAUUUCUUUUUCCUCCUGCGCGCUCGAGAUUCCAAAUCAAACACUCUAUUAAGAGUAGAUUAUAAUAAAUGAUACAAAAACUUAUUAAACCGAAAGCUGUUAACAUUUUUUUUUUCUCAAACUUAAACUUUUACAAAUUAACUAAAACAUUACUACUAAAUGGAUCGUAUUUUUAUCGCGAAAUGUCCAUUCGUCAAAACCAAUGACAAAUUCCUAUACUAUUAUAUACAAUAUAACAUACUACGAAAUCAAUAUUAAAUAAAUUGUGUAAAAGGAAAAGAAACGCCAAUAUUUUAUUAAAUGUGUUAGACAAAAUCAAAGGAAGAGUUGAUGUAGAUGGUAGAGGAACAGUGCUUUACAUAACAGCAGUAUUGUAAAGCAAUUUAAUGCAUAAGGAUUAUAUUUAUAUAUGAAUAUCGUAAUUAUAAUUUAACUGCAUCUCUAAAAUUUUAUUUCAAAUCUGAAUGUAAUCGUGUAGCAAAAAAUGUGUAUCGUACUGCUGACAAAUAAUUGGUGAUCAUGACAAAUUCUUUUGAAUUAUAAAAUUUUAUUUUAAGAUGAAUUUACUUU